UUUGCUUUAACAAUUCAGGUUUUGAUCUGAUAACUUUCAAGUACUAAUAUUCUCUUGGAGGUUCAAUUUCCUUCUGCCAAAAUGGAAACUUGGUUCCUCAUCGUCUCCACUCUUUGCAUAUCUGCAAUCGUUAAAGCCUUCUAUAACCUUUUCUUCCCUUCCCAAAAACCUGGCCCCAAGCUCCCUCCAGGACCCCCUAAAUUUCCCAUCAUCGGCAACUUGUUAUGGCUACACAGAUACAAAUCCUUCUCCGAUCUUGGACCGAUCCUUCGAAGUGUCAAUACAAAGUUUGGCCCCAUGGUAACUCUCCAUAUCACCUAUUACCUUGCCAUCUUUGUUUCUGACCGUUCCCUUGCACACCAGGCCUUAGUUGAGAAUGGUUCUGUUUUUGCUGAUCGAUCGCUGGCAGUUACCGUUAGCAAAACAAGUAGUAGCAAUCAACAUAGUAUUGCUUCUGCUGCUUAUGGCCUUACCUGGCGUGCUCUGCGAAGAAACCUGACAGCUGAAAUUCUUAAUCCCUCUCGGAUAAAAUCUUACUCUCAAGCUCGGAUAAGGGUCUUGCAAAUCCUCAAGCAGCAGCUGAUCAAGUCACGAAAUACCGGUGAUCCUAUCCCUGUGGUAGACUAUUUUAGACAUGCCAUGUUUUUCUUGUUAGCCCUGAUGUGUUUUGGAGCUCACGUUGAUGAAAACCAGCUUAGAAAAGUUGAGGUUGUUCAAAGGGGCAUGUUAUUGAAUAUUCAUAGGUUCGAUGCACUAAAUUUCUGGCCAAAGGUGACAAGGAUUUUGCUUUAUAAGCUCUGGAAGGAGUUCUUGCAAACUCGAAAAAAUCAAGCGGAUGUUUUCAUCCCAUUAAUCAGAGCCCGAAAAAAAGUGAAGGAAGAGUAUUUGAUCAGCAAGAUGAAAGAGGGUAAAGAAAGAAAAGAAGAAAAUGAUUACAUUUUAUCAUAUGUUGAUACUUUGUUGGAUUUACAACUUCCUGAGGAGAAGAGGAAACUUGAUGAAGGGGAAAUUGUGACUUUGUGCGCAGAAUUUCUUAAUGCCGGCACAGAUCCAACAUCCACAGCGUUGCAAUGGAUUAUGGCCAAUUUGGUUAAGUACCCUCUUAUUCAAGAGAAGCUAUACAUGGAGAUUAAAGGGGUUGUGGGAGAUGCAGCUGAAGAGGUCAAAGAAGAUGAUUUGCGUAAGAUGCCUUACCUAAAAGCAGUGAUUUUGGAAGGUCUUAGGCGUCACCCUCCUGCACAUUUUCUGUUCCAUGGAGUGACAGAAGAUGUAAUUUUCAACGACUUUUUAGUGCCUAGAAAGGGUAUUAUAAUUUUCUUCAUAGAAGAGAUGGGAUUGGACUCGAAGAUUUGGGAAGAUCCCUUGGCGUUCAAACCGGAAAGGUUCCUACGUGGUGAGGAAGAGGUUGACAUAACAGGUCGGAAGGAGAUCAAGAUGAUACCAUUUGGGGCAGGGAGGAGGAUUUGUCCUGCUCAUAGUUUGGCCAUGCUUCAUUUGGAGUUUUUUGUGGCAAAUCUAGUUUGGUUUUUUGAGUGGAAGGCCAAGGAUGGAGAUGAUGUUGAUUUGUCAGAGAAGGAAGAAUUUACAUUUGUGAUGAAAAAUCCAUUGCAAGCUUGCAUAUAUAGCAGGCCUAGGCAAGUUUGAUCAUUUAACAAAUGCUGGUGAAAUGUCAAUAUACUUAUUAAGCUUUUGGAAAUGCAUCUUUUAGAGAUUUUUUGAUGUU